CAGCGUCUGACAAAACGCGUACGCGGAUUUUCUACCAAUUCGUGUGUAAUUUUGCAUAUUGGAAUUUGUUAUAAAAACACUACAAGUGCCAAAUAAUUUUAUUUCAUUUUAUCACCAAAGUAAGCAGCAAUGAAUCGCAGACGUCCGCAUGAUGGCGAUGAAGAGGGUUACGAUCAUCGCAAUCGAAAACGUAGGCGCGUUUCUGAAAAUCAGGAAAUUGAAGAUCGUUUGGAGUCACUAAUUUUACGCGUCGGUGAACGUAGCACCUCUUCGGUAGAAUCGAAUUUGGAAGGUUUAGUUUCCGUGUUGGAGGCAGACUUGGGCACUUUUCGUCUAAAAAUUCUACGUAUUCUCUCGGAUUGUGCAAUAAAAAUGCCGGAAAAGUGUACCAUUUACACAACCUUAGUGGGCUUAUUAAAUGCAAAAAACUACAAAUUUGGCGGUGAGUUCGUAGACCACAUGGUGAAGACAUUCAAAGAAGCCUUGAAAAUGUGCUGGUGGGAUGCUGCACGUUACUCGCUCCGUUUUCUUGCUGAUCUAGUGAAUUGUCACGUCAUCUCAGCAACAAGUCUUCUGCAGCUUCUAGACACAAUGAUCGAUGUUUCUAACGAAGAUACAGUACCACAAGUGCGUCGUGACUGGUUUGUUUUUUCAGUGCUCUCCACGUUACCAUGGGUAGGUCGCGACUUGUAUGAGAAGAAAGAGUCGUCGUUAGAAUCAUUGCUGUUGCGCAUUGAAGUUUAUUUAAACAAACGUUCAAAGAAACACCACAAUGCUCUACGUGUGUGGUCGGUCGAUGCACCACAUCCGCAAGAGGAAUACUUGGAUUGCUUAUGGGCGCAAAUACGUAAGUUGCGUCAAGAUAAUUGGGCUGAAAAACACAUUCCACGUCCUUACCUGGCCUUUGAUUCGAUUUUAUGUGAAGCACUGCAACAUAAUUUGCCACCCAUUGUGCCACCAUCACAUCAUGAGUCAUACGAUUAUCCAAUGCCUUGGGUGGUUUAUCGCAUGUUUGAUUAUACUGAUUGCCCCGAUGGUCCCAAUUUGCCAGGUGCGCAUUCCAUUGAGCGCUUCUUAAUCGAAGAGCACCUGCACCACAUCAUCGAAACGCAUCGUUUGGAACGGAAAGAUUGUGCAGCACAACUGCUAGCGUUCCCUUACAAAAACAAAAUACCGCUCGAAUACUGCAUCGUAGAGGUUGUAUUUGCAGAAAUAUUCCAUAUGCCGACACCACGUUAUUUGGAAAUCGUUUAUGGUUCAAUACUUAUUGAAUUGUGUAAAUUACAACCGGCAACAUUGCCGCAAGUGCUCGCUCAAGCAACUGAAAUUCUAUUCAUGCGCAUAGAUUCCAUGAAUACUUCUUGUUUCGACCGCUUCGUAAAUUGGUUUUCUUAUCAUUUGAGCAACUUCAAAUUCACUUGGUCGUGGGAAGAAUGGGAUAGUUGUUUACUAUUAGACCCAGAACAUCCACGCCCCAAAUUUAUACAAGAAGUAUUGCAUAAGUGUUUAAGAUUAUCUUAUCAUCAACGCAUUGUGGAAAUGAUGCCUGAGGCUUAUGCUAAGCUUAUACCUGUUGCACCGCAACCCAACUACAAAUAUGCUUCCGAAGAUGCAGCGUCGUUGGCAGGCACCCAGGUGGCACAUCAAUUGGUGGUGGCAAUUCGACAAAAGUGCACACCCGAUGAGGUGAUCAAUAUUCUAAAGGAGUUGCCGAAUUCCGGCGAAAAUGCGGAUCAGGAAAUGUCGGAGACAUCAUUCAAUCCACUAAAAAUCGAUGUGUUCGUGCAGACGUUAUUGAAUUUGGGCGCCAAAUCGUUUUCGCAUAGUUUCGCUGCAAUAUCGAAAUUCCAUUUGGUCUUUAAGGCCCUCGCCGAAUCCGAGGAGGCGCAAAUUUGCAUACUUCACAACGUCUACGAAUUAUGGCAGAAUCAUCAACAAAUGAUGGUGGUCAUUAUAGAUAAAUUAUUAAAAUUACAAAUUGUUGAUUGUUCUGCUGUCGCUACGUGGAUAUUUUCCAAAGAGAUGACCGGCGAGUUCACCAAAAUGUACUUGUGGGAAAUACUCCAUUUGACCAUAAAGAAAAUGAAUAAACAUGUUAUUAAAUUGAGUAGCGAAUUAACUGUUGCGAAGGAAAAGUUGGCUAAAGUGGACUCAUCGUCCAGCGAAUCGGAGGAUGAAGCAACGCCCAAGCGUAAGAAGCCCAUCAAUAACGUAGAUAAACCAACUGAAGAGGUAGUCGAACGUAUGGAAGAGAAAUUGGAAGCAGCAAAUGUGGAUCAAAAACGUCUAUUCUUGAUUGUUUUCCAACGAUUCAUAAUGAUAUUGUCCGAACAUUUGGUGCGUUCUGACACAGAUGGGCGUGACCCUGAUACCGAUUGGUAUCGCUGGACCAUAGGACGUCUGCAGCAAGUGUUCCUAAUGCACCACGAGCAAGUGCAAAAGUACAGCAGCACGUUGGAGACGUUGCUCUUCACCUCGGACUUGGACUCACACAUACUGGAAGUGUUCCAUCAGUUUGUAGCCUUAAGGGCGUAAGGCAGUCAAAACACUAAUUAUAUGUAGCUAAAGAUACAUUUUUUUAUUUGAUCCAUUUGUUGAUUUAUUCAAUUGAAAAUCAGAAAGCGCAUAAAUAAUGCAAGCAAUUAAGAAAUCAAACAAAUUUUCGGCGCUACAAUUUGAUAAUGGAUUUGUCUGAAAUCCAACGAGACAACAGGGAAAUAGUAUGAUUAAAAAUAACCAUAAAACUUUAAAUUUUGAAGUUUAGACAAGGACUUUAGUAAAGCUGAGGCUUAAAAAUAAAAUUGUAUUGAUAUUAAAAAAACAAAUAAACGAUUUACCACUUUUCGUUAUGUCGAAAUCUAAACGUUUUCAUUCCAAAUUAAUUAUUCGUCUCGUUGGGUUUACUUAAUUUAUUAAUUUAGUUAAGAAUCCAUCAUCAAAUUUAGAAAAGGGAUAGCUUUUUUUAAACAAGCAUUAACUUUCUUUGUAUUUACUUUCAUAUUUGUUAACGUUCAUUUCAUUUUCGCAUUGCUAAUGAACAGAUUAUCACAUGAUUUACUGAUUUACGUACUUCGUCCACAUUUAGUUAGAGCAUGUAUUUGAAUUAUGUUAAUGUCGCUGAGCUAAGCAUUGCAUUUUUCAUAAGUUCGCAAGAAUUUAAAUGCAAGAAACAAUGUAAUUGACUUGUUAAAAUAACAACAAAAGAACGUUUAAUUCUCUAUGGAAUUGUAACAAAUAAAUGUAUACAUAUAAAAACCAGUAAAAAACAUGUUUUGUGCUCUACAUUUUUUAACUAAUUCUCGUAGCCAAUGUUAAAUAAGCAAAGUCAGUCGGCCAAUAAGUUAAGCACCUAACUAUAUUACCCAAGCUGUCUAUAGAAACAUUGGAUAAUGAUUUCGAUUCUUUGGCUACUAUUUGGGGUUUCAUAUCGACUUAACAAUCCUUCCCCUGCCUGUCACUAAAACACUUGGAUCCCCUGAUGCAUUGAGUCGCACCAAGAGACGCCUUACAUCAGCAUGGAUGACGCAAACUGCCUGGCACUACUCUCUGUCUAAUCUUGUGACGUUAGGCCUAUUCAAGCACUUCGAUGCAGUCGAAAACGUUUGUUGGUCAAAUACCUUAUUUAGCUACAAAACCUCAAAUCACUUAGGCAUAAACAGGUCGUCGACAGUGCCAUUCUGGAGAGUAACUAUGAGCACUAUGUAGAUUUACAUACUAACGACAGAUAAAUUAAUAUUUCAUAUCAAUAAUUGCAUUAAAAAUGAUAUUUCUUAACUACAUUUUAUUAAAAAUUAAAAAUAUUUCACAUAAUUUUAUUUAUUUGCAACGCCCAUCGUUUUGUGUGCGUUAACUUUGGCGUUGGCGUUACCGUUGAUAUGUGGACAUGCUCAUAUAAUUGUGUGUAUUCAAAGUCAGCUGUUAAUCAACGCCAAAGCCAACGCCAAAGUUCUAUCUGGACCGGCCUUUUAUCUACUACUAGUCGACACUCGCAAUAGGGGUGUUAGUUUAAACGCUCGAGCUGGCUAGUUUAAACUAAGAUUUUCCAAUCAACCGCAGUUUACGUAAUCUAAGUUUAAACUGGCACUGAAAAACUGGUCCUUAGUUCCAUUAUACACAGUUUAGAAAUAAAAGAUUAAUUUCCGAAAAAAUUUAGUAUGCAGUUUUGUAUGCCAUUCCAUUUUAGUAUAAUAAAGUCCAAAUAUUAGGUAGCUAAGGCCUACCGUUGAUUUUAGGCUUUCUUUGUUGACGCUGCUCUGGAUUUUUUUUCCAUAUAAAAAAUUUUCGAACAUACAUGGAAAAAAAUGUGUACCACCGUCA